AUGCCUCGUCUUACCCGUUCUCAAGCUUCGCUUUCCCAGACUUCGAUCGCCAAUGAGGAUAGGAUCAUCGAGAUUACGACCGAAGCCGGCGUGAAGGUCGAGCAGACAAAGACUACUACUACCCGCCGUCGUGUUGCGCAUAAUGUCGUGGAGGACAGCGAGGAUGAGGAGGAGGAGGAUGAGCUUGUGAAGAUCGAAGAAAAUGAGGAGGAGGAAGAAGAAGAAGAGGAUGUGGAGCCUCCCACAACAAGACCCAAACGCAAAGUCGCCACCGGCCGCACCCUAUCCGCCAAAGCCCGCGGCAAGCUCCCCAUGAAAUACGCCGAAUCCGACUUUGAAGCGGAUGCUACUUCUGAGGAAGAAGACUUCAAAAAUGAGAUUGUGGAGAAUUCCGAGUCGGAGUUGUCAGAAUUGGAGAUCGAGCAAGAGGAGGAAGUGACCAAGGUUCACUUGAACAAGAAGAGGAGAAUUACCGUCACGCCCAAGCGAGCCCUUGCUACAAAAGGCAAGGGCAAAGCAAAAGUCGAGUCAGCCACUCCGAGCAUCGCGGGUGUCUCGAGCACGAAGACGAGUCCCGCAAACGCCACCACACCCGCUACCUCCAUCUCCGUCGCUUCCUCCAUCAAAGGCGAAGCGCUCGAUGUCGAUGCCGAGAUGAAGGAUGUCGUUGCAGACAGCGGGGAUGACGAAGCCGACGACCCCUCAUUCGAGCACCUCUCCGACCAAGACCAGAACCUCGAUCUCGAUAACCUCUCCGAAGCAGAGGACGAAGAAGCGGAGCUUUCGGAUGAGGAUGGGAAUGUGGUCACUGUCACCGCGACUGUGGAGUCUGUCGCCACCGCCACGACCCGCCGUCGUGUCCGUCGUCCGAGGUUGAGUAGGUAUGAGCGAACGCGACAGCAGCUGGCUGUGCACCAUCCGGAGCUGGAAACAGUAUGGGAUGACCUGGAACAACUUGCCGUCACGGAAGUUAAGAGGGCUGAACAACCCGCUGGUUUGAGUUUGAGUUUACUGCCGUUCCAGUUGGAGGGUCUGCACUGGCUACGACAACAAGAAGAGAACCCAACCUUCCGUGGUGGGGUUUUGGCUGAUGAAAUGGGUAUGGGAAAGACGAUUCAGACGAUUGCGCUUUUGCUGUCGACGCCGGGGAUGAAGCCAAGUCUGGUGGUUGCGCCCACGGUUGCGUUAAUGCAAUGGAAACACGAGAUCGAGCAGCAUACGAAGAAUGGUCUGAGUGUGUUACUCUACUACGGUACCGCGAGGGAGAAGUUGACUGUUGAGAAGAUUUGUGAGUAUGAUGUCGUGUUGUCGUCGUAUGGUGUGUUGGAGAGUGCGUUCAGGAAACAGAACCAGGGGUUUAAGAGGAAGGAUGGGGUGUUUAAGGAGGAUUCGUUGAUCCACGCCGUCCCGUUCCACAGGGUGAUUCUGGAUGAAGCGCAUAAUAUCAAGGAUCGGUCGUGUAAUACAGCGAAGAGUGUCUUUGCGCUUAAGGCGGAGAAGAAGUGGUGUCUCUCCGGAACUCCUCUGCAAAACAGGGUGAAUGAGUUGUUUUCAUUGUUGCGAUUUCUGGAGUUGCGGCCGUACAGUUUGUAUUUCUGCAAGAAGUGCAAGUGUAAGAGUUUGCAUUGGAGGUUUCCUGAUAAGAGGCAUUGUCAGGAUUGUGGGCAUAGGCCGAUGGAUCAUACGUGUUGGUUUAAUGCGGAGUUGUUGAAGCCGAUUCAGUUGCAUGGUGCUGAUGGGGAGGGAUUGGUCGCGUUUAAGAAGUUGCAUAAGUUGAUGAAGAGGGUGAUGUUGCGCCGCACAAAGGUGGAGAGAGCUGAUGAUAUUGGACUGCCACCGAGGGUUGUGGUGGUGAGGAGGGAUGUGUUUAAUGAGGAAGAGGAGGAUUUGUAUGACUCGUUGUACAACGACUCAAAGAGGAAGUUCUCGACCUACGUGGCGGCGAAUACGGUGUUGAACAACUACGCCAACAUCUUCCAACUCAUCACUCGAAUGCGACAAAUGGCCGACCACCCCGCUCUCGUACUCAACCGAGCCGGUACAGCGGCGGAAGGCGCAGCAGGGUUCGUGUGUAGGAUUUGCGAUGAGGAGGCGACGGAUGCGAUUAAGAGUCGGUGUCAUCAUGUGUUUUGUCGGGUUUGUGUCAGUGAGUAUGUCGAGGGGGCGUUUGAGGAGCAUCCGGAGUGUCCGGUUUGUCAUGUUACGCUUAAUAUCGACCUUACCGCGCCCGCGCUCGAGGAGGAUAAUGAGGAGAACCAUAGGCGGGAUUCGAUUAUCAACAGAAUUGACAUGAACCAUUUCCGGUCGUCGACGAAGAUUGAGGCACUUGUGGAGGAACUCUAUAAGCUCAGGAGCAAGGAUUCGACGAUUAAGAGUAUCGUGUUUUCGCAGUUUACGAAUAUGUUGGAUUUGGUGCAUUGGAGACUGAGACGGGCUGGGUAUCAGUGCGUGAAGUUGGAUGGGCAUAUGACGCCUCAACAGCGUGAUUCGACGAUCAAGCAUUUCAUGACAGACCCCGCCGUGACUGUCUUCCUCGUCUCUCUCAAAGCCGGAGGAGUAGCGCUCAACCUCACCGAAGCCUCACACGUGUUUUUGUUGGAACCGUGGUGGAAUGGAGCAGCGGAAUGGCAGAGUGCGGAUCGUGUUCAUCGGAUUGGGCAGACGCGUCCGGUGAAGAUCACGAGAUUUUGUAUUGAGAAUUCGAUUGAGAGUCGGGUUAUUGAGUUGCAGGAGAAGAAGGCGGCGAUGAUUGGGGCGGUCGUUAAUCAGAGUGAUAGUGCGUUGAGUCGGCUGAGUGCUACGGAUUUCCAGUUUUUGUUUCACUAA